CAACGAAGAACGUUCUUCCGAGCAAGCGAAGAAUUCGCCAAGUGUGUAAUUAAAAGCGUGCAAAGCGGAAGAAAGGCGUUGCGAAGAACGUUCUUCCGAGCGAGCGAGAAGAGUUCGCAAAAGAGUGCAGUUAAAAGUGCGAAGAACGUUCUUUCGAGCGAAUUCGCUAAAAGUGCAAUUCAAGAAAAGGGUGGAAAGUGAAAGAAAGUGGCGUGCGAGAUAGAGAUAAGAAACCUUCUAAUAAUAGACCCCACUUAUGGGAUGGUCUAAAAAUAAACAACCACAAACACCAGCAAACAAUUAGAGAGAAAGAGCGAGUUAAACAGCUGUUGAUUCUACGCUCCCCCACAGAAAGAGAUAGAGAUAAGGACGAACUGAGCGCGGUCAAGUGUGCGUACGAGAGCCCAGUGAGCGAGAGCGAGAGAGGGUGAUCGCGGGAGAUAGGAAUAUACGAGAUACUCCCAAGAAAACGAAACGCCAGCUUUAGGUUCCAGCAUCCAAGCGUCCAGCUUCCAAAAGCGUUUCCAAUUCCAAGCCAGUCGCACAUCAGCGGAAUACCGCUACAAUUCGCAGUCCCAGCCGUGUCUUGUCUCUCACUCACUCGCACGCUCGCUCCUUCUCCUGCGGUCUGACACAUCUACCCGCACUCCUCUGCUCCUGCCACAAUACGUCACGCGAUGCAACAUCAACUUGCGGGCGCAGCAGCAGCAGAAAACGCAGCAGCAGCAGCCGCAACAGCCGCAACAGCCGCAACAGCAGUCGAAAACGCAGCAGCCGCAGCAGAAGUUAACCACUUGUUCGAUUGCCCGCACUCCGAUUGCCAAUCGAUAGCAAAAGGACUCUAAUCGGUCUUCAAUCGCCCAGCUCACGGAUAUUAAUCGAUUCGUUUUUUUUUUUUGCACGUACGAAAAGCUCACAAUCCUAAAACUGGACCCACCAAACAAAAAAGGAUAAUUACCCCUUAAUUUUAGUCGUUUUGUUUUGUUUUUUCGUCAAUUUAUUGUGAUUUUGAAACUGUGUGAUCGCAAAAAAAAAUCUGCAAAUUAGCUAAAAGAAAGUUCCUUAAGCAAGUGAUAAUCCGAUAGAAACUCCGAGGACAGCAGAAGCAAAGGGAGCACCCCGAUAUACAUAAACACCCGCAAUAUAAACGCUAUAUAACCAACGUAUAUUCAACAACACAUAUAUGACAAUAACCUCGAGCUUUGUGACCCAAAGACUACAAAGGAAACUCAUAAAUAUCGUCAAAACCCUGAAAGAACAGCAUGCAAAUAUGAUUCCCGAAGUGCCGACGUCCCGACUCCUGCUACUCCUGGCCACCUUAGUCGCCGUGAUGGCGCUGAUCAGCAGUUGGGUGCCCCAGGUGGCGGGCAGUCCGAUCGCCCCCGCGGAUUGGGGCAGGGAGCAGAGGCGAAAGAUGUGCUCCACCGAGCUCAGUGAUCUGAUACAGGAGAUAUGCGCCUCCCAGGGAACGGCGGCCCACGGCGACGGGAAGCGCAGGAAGCGGGAUGUGCAGAACGUCGCCGACCAGUGUUGCAAGCAGGGCGGAUGCACCUUUUGGGAGCUCAUGCAGUUCUGCAAGGGAUAAUGGCAUCCCACAUAGGCGUUAACUAAUCCACUGCACUCCACCCUAAGCCAUCCCACUCCCCUCAUCCGUAAUCCCUAAGAUAAGAAGAGCGAACAGCAGUCUCCCCUAGAGUACACUAAGUAUAUAUUACUAAUUUAAACCAUACACUAACUCAAUUCUGUACAAUAAACGAAAUUCAAAUGA